UCCGCAACUUUAUCUUUAUAAAAAGGAGGGAGGAAGGGAGGAGUUAUGAAUGCGGGACCCACAGAAGCCGUGACCAUUCUACUACAACACCACACUUCCACGCCUCCACCUUCACCCCCUUCUUCGCUCAACUUCGAACUUAAAACCGCCCCUUUUCCGGUUUUAUCCGUGCACAUCUCUCAUGACCCUUAUUUCCUCUUCCUUUCACUGACUUGGUUUUCAACAACACUUAACAUUUAUUUCCUCGGGAACCAAACAGAAGAAACAAGCAGCUAUUCUGCUUGCAUUGACCUUAUGAUAGCUUCGCUCCCUUUGCACUAUGGCCGCUGCAGGUUAUGGUAAUUACAGAAAUGGCACUCACAGCAGCAGGAACUCUCUCAAUAGCACCAACAAAGUCGACAGGCCUCUCUCUUUUAACUCAAAUGCUAAGAAUUCUUCUCUUAAAUCCAAGUCCUUGAAUAGUUCCGGCCUCCGUAAAAGUGCUCCUGCUUCUCUCGGCGCUGCCACCGAAGCCGCCAAGGACGAUGCUGGAGUUCCUGGAAGAGUUAGGGUAGCUGUGAGAUUGCGGCCACGAAAUGCAGAGGAAAUGGUGGCAGAUGCUGAUUUUGCUGAUUGUGUAGAAUUACAGCCUGAGCUUAAGAGGUUGAAACUUCGGAAAAACAACUGGGACUCAGAUACCUAUGAGUUUGAUGAAGUGCUUACUGAGUUUGCAUCCCAAAAACGUGUUUACGAGGUUGUAGCAAAGCCCGUUGUAGAGAGUGUUUUGGAUGGAUAUAACGGGACAGUCAUGGCAUAUGGGCAGACUGGUACUGGUAAGACAUAUACUCUUGGACGACUUGGGGAGGAAGAUACAGCUGCUCGUGGAAUAAUGGUCCGUGCUAUGGAGGAUAUUUUAGCAGAUGUUUCUCAGGAGACAGAUUCUGUCUCAGUCUCCUAUUUGCAGUUAUAUAUGGAGACUAUACAGGACCUCCUUGAUCCUACAAAUGAUAACAUUUCUAUUGUGGAAGACCCAAAAACUGGAGAUGUUUCACUGCCAGGAGCUAGCCUAAUUGAAAUUAGGGAUCAGCGGAGUUUUGUGGAACUAUUACGGUCAGGAGAAGUGCACCGCUUUGCUGCAAAUACGAAAUUGAAUACCAAAUCUUCUCGUAGUCAUGCUAUUCUGAUGGUGCACGUGAAGAGGUCUGUUAAGGGAAGAGACUCUGCUCUUUCAAGCAACAAUGGUGACAACUCCCACAAGGUUAAAAGUCUGAAGCCUCCUGUUGUUCGGAAAGCCAAGCUUGUUGUGGUAGAUCUUGCUGGUUCAGAGCGUAUUGAUAAGUCUGGAAGUGAGGGGCAUACUCUAGAGGAGGCCAAAUCUAUUAAUCUCUCCUUGAGUGCACUAGGGAAGUGCAUUAAUGCACUGGCAGAAAAUAGUCCACAUGUCCCAGUUCGUGAUUCGAAGCUUACUAGAUUGCUUCGAGAUUCAUUUGGAGGGUCAGCAAGAACUUCUCUGGUUAUUACAAUUGGUCCUUCCCCACGCCAUCGAGGAGAGACAGCAAGCACUAUAAUGUUUGGUCAAAGGGCAAUGAAGGUGCAGAAUAUGUUGAAAUUAAAGGAAGAAUUUGAUUACAAAAGUUUGGCUAGAGUGCUAGAUAUACAAUUGGACAAACUCAUUGCAGAACAUGAAAGGCAGCAGAAAGCAUUUGAGGAGGAAAUUGAAAGAAUAGCUAUAGAAGCACAAAAUCAGAUUUCUGAAGUUGAAAGAAACUACGAAGAUGCAUUAGAGAAGGAAAGAGUAAAAUAUCAGAAAGCGUGUAUGGAUUCAAUAAAGAAACUAGAAGAGAAAUGGAUGCUGAACAAGCAAAAGCAUGUUAGCGAUGACAACAAGGUUGGACUCAAAGAUGAUAGUUCUGAUGUGACAUCUAAGGAAGAGGGUUCCCAGGUAGCUGCUAUGGAGGAAGUUGCUGAGCUAAAAAAAUUGCUUCAGAAAGAGGCACACUUAAGGAAGGCUGCUAAAGAGGAAGUUGAUAAUCUUAAAAGUCAGCUAGCUCAAUCAAAGAAGUUGGAGGCAACAGGAAAUUCUGAGGUUUUAAAGCUUCUUAAGAUGCUGGAAGAUGAGGCAUGCCAGAAAGAAAAACUUGAAGGGGAAAUAGCAAUACUACAAAGUCAGCUGUUACAAGUAAGUUUUGAGGCUGAUGAGACAAGAAGAAGACUUGAUAAGGGCGGGUCUGAGAAAAUUCUUGGGGGUCGAGAUUCUCAAAUGUCUCAACUUCAACAUCCACAGCUAAAUGAUACAGCAAAUGGGGAGAAGGCUUCAAUAGCUAAACUCUUUGAACAAGUUGGAUUGCAUAAGAUCCUGUCAUUGCUUGAAGCGGAAGAUGCUGAUGUGCGAAUUCAUGCUGUGAAAGUUGUAGCAAAUCUAGCAGCUGAAGAAACAAAUCAAGAGAAGAUUGUAGAAGCUGGUGGUCUUACGUCUCUGUUGACACUGCUAAGAAGCUCUGAGGAUGAGACCGUACAUAGAAUAGCAGCUGGUGCAAUUGCCAAUCUUGCAAUGAAUGAAACCAACCAAGAGCUCAUAAUGGCUCAAGGGGGCAUCCGUUUAUUAUCCAUGACAGCAGCCAAUGCUGAGGAUCCUCAAACACUUCGAAUGGUUGCUGGAGCCAUAGCCAAUCUUUGUGGAAAUGAUAAAUUGCAAAUGAAGCUAAGAGGUGAAGGUGGCAUCAAGGCUUUGCUAGGAAUGGUUAAGUACAGGCAUCCUGAUGUUCUUGCACAAGUUGCUCGUGGAAUAGCAAAUUUUGCAAAAUGCGAGUCGAGAGCAUCAACUCAAGUAUCAAAUGGUGCAGGAUCUAAGAAUCGAAAGUCUCUUCUGAUUGAGGAUGGUGCACUUCCAUGGAUUGUGCAGAAUGCUAACAAUGAAACCUCACAAAUCAGGCGCCAUAUAGAACUUGCACUCUGCCACUUAGCACAACAUGAAGUAAAUGCCAAAGACAUGAUUAGUGGAGGUGCACUUUUGGAACUGGUUCGCAUCUCGCGAGACUGUUCAAGGGAAGAUAUAAAGACUCUUGCAAAUCGAACCUUAACCUCAAGCUCUACUUUUCAAGCUGAAUUGAGGCGACUACGUAUAGAUUAUUGAUGAAUUUGUGGAGAUUUAGAAACGAGCACAUCUUAUCCAAAAAAAAGCGGCACAUUAGCUUAAAUUAUUUGUUUAUUAUUUUUGGACUGAAGGUUGAAUUAAUUUCAUCUGGAAUUAUUGAUCUCUCCUACUUUCAAGAGCAAGCACGAAGACUUUCUGCUGUGUUCCUGUUGAAAUUUUGUUAUUAAGAAGGGUUUGCUUGGAUUUGAGUACCCUAUAUUGGUUAGGUACAUAUAAAGCCUUAGAUUUGUUGGGUGUAUAUUAACCCUAGUGAUUCCAUUCCAGUGUAGCUUGGAGUUGUUGCACAAAUUUCUUUGUAUAUGAAUUGAAUAGGGAACACUAACAUUCUAGCAUUUCUUGUAAAGAUAAAAAAAUUAGAUUGAUGUGAGUUUUCUACGUCAUUCAGGAUUUCAGUAAUAUUUGCUUUAUUAUUAUUAUUA